AUGUCACCAAGUACCAAACUCCCAACUUCCCCUCCCACCACAGAUGACACCAAACUAACCCACUACUACAAGCAAGCCAGCAAAAGCCGCUGGGAUCUCUACCCCCUCUUCCAAUCCUUCCUACAGACUAGCUCAGCAGAGACAAUAAAAGCCGUCCAAGACCGCCGUCUCCUCAUCUCCUGGGACCUCCAAGCCAUCCACUUCCUGCGCACAUUUCUACAGAAAUGCGUCCUGGCCAAAGUCCCAGCCGAUGCAAUCGGUGCAUUCCUCAUCACAAUCCUAUACAAACAAGACUACCACCUGGACUAUAGCCUGACUAUAAUGAUCUGGACAGGACACACACAGGUGCACGUUGCUCGGUGCUUGUUAGCAUUAUAUCAAAUCCGCGAUGAAACCGGCGUCCCAAUCUGGGAUGAUUUGUCUACCUAUUCCGAGUCUGAUUCGAAAGUGUCUCUCGUUACCAAUGAUGAAGCUGUGUCCACGGCAGACGUCCCAUGCUGUAGUCCGGCCAUGCAACGUCCGGACCUGAAAUGGCCUGUGUAUCUAGGUCUGCUAUGCGAGUCAGAGGUUGACGCACUCGUGAGCAAUGUAGAGAAAAGUCGGCAUCAGGAUGAGGAUAGUUUGCCGCCCUGUUCUUCUGCUGCAAGAGAAGAGGACGUUGAAACCAUUCAGGCGUUGAGGAGAUUCGAGCUUUGCAAGAAUGAGUUCUUAGCUGAUCUACCCCUGGGAGAUAAGGGUCGGACUGCAGCUGCUGAUAAAACUAAUGGUUCACAGCGACAUCGCUCCGUUUCUUUUCGUGAACCUCUGCCUGUUUCUUUGCCUUCCUUGGUGAAACCUGGUUCGGCGGUGCGUGUAUCUACUUUCCAGCCGGAUAUUCGCAGCGUGGAGCAGGGAUCACUGGGGAAUUCUAAGGAGAAGGGUAAGGCAUAUAUGCGAUUAUUCCGUGCAUCCCCUGCUGCUCGUGAUUUGGUUCAAGUUCCUUGUCAGGUGCUGCCUCUGCAUGUUGCGCCUGCUAGGCUUAGGAGGAGGGCUGGGGUUGAGGAUCUGCGUAAGGCGAGCGCCGAGGGAGCGUGA